CUGGUCAUGCGGUGGUCCAGAAAUAAACUCAGCUUGAAAGAGGAGUGUUUCAAAGCUGAGCUGUACUACAUCAAGACACUCAGGCAAAGGAGAGAGAUGAAAAAUUAGGGGUUUGGAGGGGGGAGACGAGGGGAAAGGGAAGGAAUGAAUAUCUGAAGAUACAAUCCAGGAAUCACUUUUUGGGGGCACUGUUCUCUGGCUUCAGAACCUAACAGCCCCUGACAUCUCUCUCCUUGCCCUGCGAUAACAGAGCGAGGGAGGAUGGCCACGGAGAUCACUACCCCCGGCGCCCAGAGAACCAUCGGCCAUGAGGAGUACAGUCUGUAUAGCAGCAUGAGCGAGGACGAGCUUAUCCAAAUGGCCAUCGAGCAGAGCCUGACUGACAGCUCCUCUGGGCAGCCAUCUGCCCCCGGCUGUCAGAAACCGCGGACAGCGGGGAGGGAAACAGCUGCGGCCAGCCACGCCAACAGGCCACCGGCCCAUUUCUACCCGUGGACCAGGUCUGCAGCUCCUUCGGGGACCCAGCCUUCGCCUUCCAAUGUGGGCUUAUUUCAAGGGGUCAGGCAAAGAUACAACGGCAGCCUGUUCAAGACCCCCCAGCCUGUAGUCAUCGAUCCUGUGGUGAAGGCCAUCAAGGAUGGUGAUGAGAAUGCCUUAACUUCCAUGAUCCAGUCAGGCAAAAACCUCUCUGAGCCUAACAAGGAUGGAUGGCUCCCUCUGCAUGAAGCUGCUUAUUAUGGCCAGUUAGGUUGUCUGAAAAUAUUGCAGAAAGCCUACCCUGCCGUUAUCGAUCAACGCACCCUUCAGGAAGAGACAGCCCUUUACCUAGCCACCUGUAGGGGCAACUUAGAUUGCUUACUCACGCUCUUACAAUGUGGGGCCGAACCGGAUAUUUCUAACAAGUCUCGAGAGACUCCACUCUAUAAAGCCUGUGAGCGAAAGAAUGUAGAAGCUGUCAGGAUGCUGGUGCAAUACAAUGCUGAUACCAACCAUCGAUGCAACCGUGGCUGGACUGCUCUCCAUGAAUCUGUGGCCCGGAAUGACUUGGAAGUCAUGGAAAUUCUAGUGAGUGGAGGUGCCAAGGUGGAAUCCAAGAAUGCAUACGGCAUUACCCCUUUAUUUGUGGCUGCCCAGAGUGGACAGCUGGAGGCACUGAGGUUUCUGGCUAAACAUGGUGCGGACAUUAAUACUCAGGCCAGUGAUAGUGCCUCGGCCCUCUAUGAGGCUUCUAAAAACGAACACGAAGAUGUGGUGGAGUUCCUCUUGUCUCAGGGAGCGGAUGCCAACAAAUCCAACAAGGACGGGAUGUUACCUCUUCAUAUUGCUUCCAAACGAGGCAAUUACAAGAUAGUUCAGAUGCUGCUUCCUGUGACCAGUCGCACGCGGGUCAAGCGCAGUGGUAUAAGCCCCCUCCACCUGGCUGCUGAGAGAAAUAAUGAUGAUGUACUAGAGGAACUCUUGGAUGCUGGCUACGAUGUCAAUGCCACGCUGUCCCCUGAGAGGUCCCGGCUGUAUGAGGACAGGCGGAGCACUCCCUUGUACUUUGCUGUUAUCAAUAACAACAUCUAUGCUACUGAAAUGCUCCUCCAGGCAGGGGCGAGCCCCAAUUUGGACAUCAUCAACCCCCUGCUCAUCUCCAUCCGCCAUGGCUGCCUCAAGACUAUGGAGCUCCUGCUGGACCAUGGAGCCAACAUCGACGCCUACAUCUCCAGCCAUCCCACCACUUUCCCAGCCACUAUCAUGUUCUCCAUGAAGUGCCUUUCGCUUUUGAAAUUCCUCAUGGACCUUGGCUGUAAUGGUGAUUCCUGCUUCACAUGCCAGUAUGGGAAUGCCCCCCACCCAGUCACGCAGGUCACAUCCAGCAGGUUCAACGAGAUGCCUAUGGACAAAUCACCCACUGUUAUCCAGUUCUGUGAAAUCAUCUCUGCCCCCGAAGUCAGCCGUUGGGCAGGGCCCAUCAUUGAUGUUCUCUUGGAUUACGUUGGGAAUGUGCAGCUGUGUGCCAGGCUGAAGGAACAUAUUGAGAGCUAUGAAGACUGGGCUGUCAUCAAAGAAAAAGCAGAGCCUCCAAGACCUCUGGCUCACCUCUGCCGUCUGAGGGUUCGAAAAGCCAUUGGGAAAUACCGCAUCAAACUCAUAGACACUUUGCCUCUGCCUGGCCGGUUGAUCAGAUACCUGCAGUAUGAUAAUUCUCAGUAAUCUGACCCACGUUGGAGGAAGGGAAAGCUUCCUCCUGAGGUUUUACUCAGCUCAGUGAUUAAGUACCAGGAUAACGACUUUCCAGUGAUGAUGGUCAACUUGACAGUAUG